ACAGUUGCCCCGGUGAGGACGAAGCGCCAUAGCCACGGUAGUCCUGGCGACAAGAACCCAGCAACGAGAAUCAACAACAACAACCCGAACAUUAAAAAAACAACGUCGAAAAUACCAAGGGAACCCCCCCACUGGAGACUAGAGCCGUGGUGAUGGCGACUCCAGGCUACGUGGAGGAGCUGCAGCAGCCCCCGCAGCAGCAAGGGGGUGCCCUGAGCGUGGCCCCGGGACAGCCACCCGCCCCUCCGCCAGCCGCUGCUCCAGCCCCCACCGUUUUUCUAGCGGAGCUGCAGACGAACGCCACCCCACCCCCAGCCGCCGCCCCACCGGCAGGCCAGACCACGCCCCCCGGCGCGGCCCCGGCGGCUCCGACUGCGACACAGAAGUCAGGGGGUCCCCUGGUGGUGGCCGCGCAGUCCGCACCCGCCCAGACGCAGUACGUCACUGCGGAGAUACAGAGCUCCGCGCCACAGGCCAGCAACGGGCAGAACACACCACAGUACAUCGUGGUCACGGUCACGGAGGGAUCCCUGCACUCCAGCGACUCUGUGUCCGACUCCAGCCCUCCGCCGCCCGUUGUGCAGACCGGGGUGCCCACACAGGUGGUGCAGCAGGUGCAGGCGGGUCAGCAGAGAUCAGUCGUGCAGACGGUAUCCCAGGCGGCCAAGACGGGACAGAGCAACCAGCUGAACGUCACCAACCUGCAGCCGGUUCACCUGACUCAGGAGGUGCAGCAGCAGCUCCAGCAGGUCCCUGUGCAGCACGUUUACUCCAGUCAGGUGCAGUACGUUGAGGGCGGAGAUGCCAGCUACACCACCAGCACCAUACGCUCCGGCAGCUACACCUACACCGACACCCCUCUGUACACCCAGUCUGCCGCCACCACUUACUACGAAGCCCCGCCUGCCUCGGGGUCGCAGGUCACCACGCCGGCCACCUCGCAGACCGUGUCGGUGACGGCGGGAGGGGGCGCCGUAUCCAUGUUUGUGUCCGGGACGGGACAGAUUGUGGCGAACGCCACGUCGGGCACAGGCGGGAGUGGCACCGUGGCUGUGGCAGCGGGCAGCGCGCCCAGUGGGGCAGCGGCGGGGGCAGGGGGUGCAUCGGGAGGCGGCAGCAGCGGAGGCAGCUACGUCAUCCAAGGAAACUACAUGCUGAGCGGCGGCACCACCAAUCAGAGCUACUCCCACAGCAUCCGCGCAUCACCCGCCACGGUGCAGUGGCUACUGGACAACUACGAGACGGCGGAGGGCGUGAGUCUUCCCCGCUCCACGCUCUACUGCCACUACCUGCUGCACUGCCAGGAGCAGAAGCAGGAGCCAGUCAACGCGGCUUCCUUCGGGAAACUCAUCCGCUCGGUGUUCAUGGGGCUGCGGACACGCCGGCUAGGCACGCGGGGCAACUCCAAGUAUCACUACUACGGGCUGCGGAUCAAGGCGAGCUCCCCGCUGCUCCGGCUCAUGGAGGACCAGCAGCACCUGGCCAUGCGGCAGCAGCCCUUCUCCCAGAAACAGAGAUUAAAGCCAGUGCAGAAGGUGGAGGGGAUGACCAACGGAAUGGCCCAGGGGGCGGGGCAGCAACAGGCGGCCGGCCUUUCUGACAUAAGUUCCCAGGUGCACCAGUACCAGCAGUUUCUGGACGCCUCCCGUGCCCUGCCUGAGUUCUCAGACAUCGAUCUCCAGGCCAAAGUGCUGCCUGAUGGGAUAGCGCUGGAGCACAUCAAGAGCUAUCAGCUGCUAUACCGGGAACACUGCGAGGCCAUCCUGGAUGUGAUGAUCAACCUACAGUUCACCCUGGUGGAGACACUGUGGAAGACCUUCUGGAGGUUCAGCGAGAAUCCAUCUAGUGAGGCGGACUCGCUCAGCGUCCACGAUGAGUCGGAGAAGCGGCUGCCCAAGGCGUGCCUGGUGCUGCUGUGUAAGUACGAGCCGGUGCUGCGCUGGAGCCGCCAGUGUGACAACACGCUGUACCAGGGCCUAGUGGAGAUCCUCGUGCCCGACGUGCUGCGGCCCAUCCCCAGUGCCUUAACGCAAGCCAUCCGCAACUUCGCCAAGAGCUUGGAGAGCUGGCUGACCAACGCCAUGAUGAACAUCCCCGAGGAAAUGGUCCGAAUCAAGGUGACAUCUGCCAGCGCGUUUGCGCAGACGCUCCGCAGAUACACCUCCCUCAACCACCUAGCCCAGGCGGCGCGUGCCGUCCUCCAGAACACCGCGCAGAUCAACCAGAUGCUGAGCGAUCUGAACCGCGUGGACUUCGCCAACGUGCAGGAGCAGGCGUCGUGGGUGUGUCGCUGUGAGGACCGUGUGGUGCAGCGACUCGAGCAGGACUUCAAGCUCACGCUGCAGCAACAGAACUCGCUGGAGCAGUGGGCAGCGUGGCUGGAUGGCGUUGUCUCCCAGGUGCUGAAGCCGUACCAGGGAAGCCCCGCGUUCCCCAAGGCGGCCAAGCUCUUCCUGCUCAAGUGGUCCUUCUACAGCUCCAUGGUGAUCCGGGACCUGACCCUGCGCAGCGCUGCGAGCUUUGGCUCUUUCCACCUCAUCCGCCUGCUGUACGAUGAGUACAUGUACUACCUGAUUGAGCACAGGGUGGCGCAGGCCAAGGGGGAGACGCCCAUCGCUGUCAUGGGAGAGUUCGCCAGUCUGGGCAGAAGCCUGAACACGCUGGAUCCCGACAAAGAAGAGGAGGAGGAGGAGGAGGAGGAGAGCGAGGACGAGUGCCAGGAGCUGUCCCUCCCUUCGGAUUCCACUGGCCUCGGGGAGGAGUCGCUGGAGCCGCCUGCUAAGCUGGCUCGGACCGACCCCAGUGCGCUAUUCAACACCAGCCAUGCUGACAACUGAUAGCACCCGUGCGGACCCACACGCACAGAGCAGCACCUACUCUUUCAACAGCUACACAGAUACGAGCUCAGAUACAGGCACAUGGACACUUUAAUUGUAAGCCCUGAUGCGUGGCCUAGGACAGUAACACACACACACACACACACACACACACACAAUGUUCUCAGCCAACCUGAGAGUCAAGUCAUCAGGUACAAGUCCUUCCCGGGAUGCCUGGGCACUUGGACAACGAGUGAAGGAUUCUGAAACCCUGCAGUAGGUGGUGUGUAAGUUGAGGCCUAGACUAAAAAGGAGGGGCUUCACCUGUCAGUCAAAGUCCUUCAAGCCCACUGGCCUGUGGAAUGCAUGAUGGGAGGGGCUUGUGGACUCGAGUGUGUGUGGAUGUAGCCAAUGGUCACACUUGUCACCGGGUGUUUGGCCAUGAGCUUCUUUAGUACCAUUUUGCGCUGUCAAGAGUGUCAACUUUGAAAAAGUGUGUUGACGCUUUUUGUGACCCAAGUCGACUUGUCGCAGUACUUGGUACUCAGUACUGGAAUCAGCCAUGUUGGGUUCAUGAUUGGAGAGCACAAAACUCAGACCUGGACAGCUAAGGGUCCAAAGCAGGUUCCACUCGCUUGCUGCGGUCUCUCGCCUUUGGCUACACAGCAGUAUCUGCACGAGCCGUGUGCCUUGUACACGUGAAGCUGAUGUGUGUUUCCUCAACACUUAGUGCCCGUUCGGUCUCUCGACAGUCAUCGCCACAUUUGAUCCGGAGACCCCACCGGUUUUACGCCACCAAAACAUUUCACAGUUGUCUCCAUUUCAUUCUCAUUUCUAUGCCAAACAAACAGCCACCUUUACAGAUCUAGCUUUGUCUUUCAGUGGGGCAGAGGUGUGUAAUGAGUAUUUUCAACCUAUCAUCUGUCGGUGGGCCUGGUGUUUCUACAAGUGCUGUUUUAAACUCUUGCGUGUGUCUGUGUUUUGGCAGCCAAGGCCAAGAGCAGGAGCCUCGCAGUUGUAGGUCUCCUUCAGGCUUGGGUGUCUGAGUAGAGUUGGACAUAAAUCACAAUGACCCAUAAUCACUAUAAAAACAGCAUUUCCAUGUGAAGAAAUAUUCAUCUUCAGUGAUGUUUGUGGAGUCAUUCCAAUUGACCUGCCACUGACUGACAGCAUCAUGAGCUUUUUUGUCUUUUUUUAAACUUAGGAGUGUAUGAGGAAAGGUGAAUGCUGUGGAUGAACCACUAAGACUAGAGCUCUGCCCACCACCUACCAUCAAGUCCACUCUAUCUUCCACUCAUUACUUGUCCCCCUUUUUUCGCUCUUCCCAAUAGAUCCCAUCUGGUUCUACUCACUCAACUUCAGUGUUAAUUACUUUUUGUCUUUAAAAUGCAUAUUCACAAAUGCUGCCCAGCAGUUCUGUCAAUUUCUACUCUGAAACCAGAAUUCCAGUCUGCUGUUCGUCCUUCAGGGUAAAAACUGGACACACGGCAAGGACAUUUUCAAAUGAAUUCUCUCAUACAAGUUUUUGAUGACUCGACAUGUGAAUAUGACCAGCCAAGACCUAUUCCUUGGGAAAUAAAAUAUUUUAAGAUAUUAAUGCAUUAAAAUCUUCUGAAAAUGCACAUGGUCAGAGACAUGGUAAUUUUUGAUUUUGUAGUGACAGUCAAAGGCGGGGGGGGGGGUGUGGUGGCGGCGCAGCAGGCUUGACUGGGUCCUGCUCUC